AUGUCGGACAAAGGAAGUGGCAUGGACGGGAAGACGGACAUAGUGAACGGCAGCUUGUCCAGCAGCCCAGAGGAGAUGUCAGCUGAGGAGGGCCGAGAAACCUCCUCUGGCAUUGAGGUGGAGGCCUCUGACCUCAGCCUGAGCCUCACGGGAGAUGACGUGGGGCCCAACUGCACCAGCACGGAGAGCCGGGACACGGACACGGAGAGCUCGGGGGAAGAGAAGGACUCUGACAGCAUGGACGACACAGGCCACUACUCCAUAAACGAGGAGAACCGGGCCCUCGACCGGUCGCACUCGGAGGAGGAAGAGGAGGAGGAGGAAGAGGAGGAGCAGCGGUCCCACCGCCGUGCCCAGCGCAAGCGUGCCAACCACGACCAAGACUCCUCUGAUGACGAGCAGGCCCUGGAGGACUGGGUGUCCUCGGAGACCACGGCGCUGCCGCAGCCCCGCUGGCAGCUUGCUGUCUUCCAGGCCAAGUUCCUCCCCAACAGCGGCGACUCCACGCUGGCCAUGUGUGCUCGGGACGGCCAGGUCCGGGUGGCCGAGCUCUCUGCCACCCAGUGCUGCAAAAACACCAAGCGCGUGGCGCAGCACAAAGGAGCUUCGCACAAGCUGGCCCUAGAACCGGAUUCUCCAUGCACUUUCCUAUCGGCAGGUGAAGAUGCUGUAGUCUUCACCAUUGAUCUGAGACAAGACCGGCCCGCCUCGAAACUGGUUGUGACAAAGGAAAAAGAGAAGAAAGUGGGUCUGUACACCAUCUACGUGAACCCAGCCAACACCUACCAGUUUGCUGUGGGAGGCAGAGAUCAGUUUGUCAGGAUUUACGACCAGCGGAAAAUAGACGAGAAUGAGAACAACGGCGUGCUCAAGAAGUUCUGCCCUCACCACUUGGUAAGCGGCUCGAUUUGGCGGUGUACCGGCGUGAUGGGUGGCACCGGGGAGCUGUUGGCCAGCUACAACGAUGAGGACAUUUAUCUCUUCAACUCCUCGCACAGCGACGGGGCGGAGUACAUCAAGAGAUACAAGGGGCAUCGCAAUAAUGCCACCGGUAAGGGCAGGCUGGGACGG